AUGCAGGGACUGCCUCAUUGCCUUGGUAGGUCCUCUUUCCCGAAGGUGUACAUCGAUGCGUUGAGGAGAGGUAUUGGUAUGCAUCAUGAGGGGUUGCCGGCUAGCUUUAGGAAGACUGUUGAGAUCCUCUUCCGUAAAGGCUUCUUGCAAGUGGUUGUUGCUACUGGUACGCUAGCGUUGGGAAUAAACAUGCCCUGCAAGGCGACAGUCUUCGCGGGCUCAUCAGUGGAGUUGAAUGCUCUUAUGUAUAGGCAGAUGGCUGGUCGCGCUGGAAGAAGAGGAUUUGAUUUGUUGGGAAACGUCAUUUUCUUCGACCUACCAUUCAGCGAUAUAAGGCAACUCCAAGGGAGUCACGUGCCGUUCUUGAGGGGAGACUUCUCUCUAACGCCGACUCUGGUCCUUCGGGCAAUCCAAUUGAGGCAGCGUUUGAAGGCAGAAGGUCGGCUCACAGUGGAAGCUGAUAGGGCUAUUAUGACGAUGAUGACGAGGGCCUUGUACAGUAGCGAGAUGAACCUGGCUAAUGAGGUUUGUUAUGUUAAAACGGUGGUCCUGUUCCGUUACACUGUGGACUUCCUAUUGAGGGAGCAUCUUAUUCGGCCUAAUGGUGACCUCAUCGGCUUGGCCCCGGUGGUGACGGCACUGUUCGAGAGGGAGCCUGAUAAUCUGNNNNUUGGAGGAGAUAUUAAAGCGAUGAAAAAGGAGGAAAGGAAGGCUGAUGAGACUACUCAUGCUACGUAUAAGCUACUACAAGUACUCUCUUGCUUUGUAUUGCCAUGGCCACAGCUACGACACGCUAAGGAUCGGGUUAUUGAGAAAAGGAGGAGGCAUCAGCCGACAGCAAGUUGCCCGGUGCUCUAUAUGAAAGACCUCGAGCCUGAGUUCCGAGAGCUAGUACCGAAGUAUAACGCUGCUGUUAAGGAUGAGCUGCUUCGAAUGGCUGUGCUGAACUUCAAGAUGAAGGGGAAGGUUGCUAACGAUGAGCGCUCGUUUGAGUUGCCAUUUACUCGUACUGAGUUCCGUCGGUCUUUUGGUGAAGACAUCUGGGCGGAUGAUUCCGCUGUGAUGGGAGCUCUUAUUAAGUCCAGGGUGAAGUGUACGGUGCGUAGCCCCUUUAGUGCUCUGGACGGCUCUGGAGAUGCAUUCGAGACGGUUCAAGAGUUGGUUCGUAACUGCCGACCGGGUUUCUCGAUGGACCUGGGCAAGGUGCCUUACGCUCCUUUUGGUGAUGGCUACUUGUCGAGUUACAUCACUGACUUCUUUGUUCAUGGACGGAUUGGGGGUAGUUUCCAUGACGAUGAGGUGGAAAGUAGCGAAACGAGCAAGUCUAAUUUCACUGAGAUAGAGACUGUGUCGGUGUGUGCGUGA